AAGGGUCAGCAUUUUAUAUAACGGAAAACAAAAGGUGUAGAAUAUGGACACCACCAGCCAGACUCUACGAAACACCAGCCCAACAGCAAACCCAUCUUCCAAGAAGUCCCUGGAAGUUGCAGACAUUGUGGUCUUAGUCUUGUACUUUCUGUUUGUCCUGGGAGUUGGUUUGUGGUCUAUGUGGCGUACAAAGAGGAACACGGUUCAGGGGUAUUUCCUGGCGGGAAAGGACAUGGUAUGGUGGCCUGUAGGGGCCUCCUUGUUUGCCAGUAACGUGGGCAGCGGACACUUCAUUGGUCUGGCUGGGUCUGGAGCGGCCUCAGGAAUUGCGGUCACUGCCUAUGAAUGGAAUGGCCUCUUUUGUGUCCUAGUGCUCGCCUGGUUAUUUCUGCCAAUUUACAUAUCCGCUGGGGUCACCACGAUGCCUGAGUACUUGCAGAAGCGCUUUGGAGGGAAAAGGAUCCAAAUUUACCUUGCCAUUCUGUAUCUGUUCAUCUACAUAUUUACUAAAAUUUCUGUGGACAUGUAUGCUGGGGCACUAUUUAUACAGCAGGCCCUCCAGUGGGAUCUCUAUGUGGCUGUUACUGGACUACUUGUGAUCACUGCAAUCUAUACAGUAGCUGGUGGCCUGGCAGCAGUGAUCUACACCGACACAUUGCAGACAGUUAUCAUGAUCAUUGGGGCUCUUAUUCUCAUGGUAUACGGUUUCAUAAAGAUUGGCGGCUAUGAUGUCUUGCAGGAAAAGUAUUUUGCGGCCAUCCCAAGUAGCCAUACUGGUAACAGCACUUGCGGGAUUCCCAGAGAAGACGCCUUUCACAUCUUUCGAGACCCAGUCAAUUCUGAUCUUCCAUGGCCUGGUGUGCUGGUGGGAAUGACCAUUCCAUCCCUCUGGUACUGGUGCACUGACCAGGUGAUUGUUCAAAGAUCUUUGUCCGCUAAGAACCUUUCUCACGCUAAAGGUGGCUCUCUCUUGGCUGCUUAUAUGAAGGUCUUCCCAUUGUUCAUCAUGGUACUACCUGGGAUGAUAAGCCGAGUCCUCUUCACAGAUGAAGUGGCCUGUGCAGAACCUGAGAAAUGCAAGGCUAUCUGUGGAAACCCAUCAGGAUGCUCAGAUAUUGCAUACCCCAAGAUGGUCAUUGAGUUACUGCCAACAGGGUUAAGAGGUCUUAUGAUGUCAGUUAUGAUUGCUGCUCUCAUGUCCUCACUGACUUCCAUUUUUAAUAGUGCAAGCACCAUUUUCACCAUGGAUCUGUGGCGAAACAUCCGCCCGCGCUCUACAGAGUGGGAGCUGAUGAUAGUUGGCAGGGUCUUUGUCCUCCUGCUGGUGGUUGUGUCUAUUCUGUGGAUCCCUCUGGUCCAGGCCAGCCAGGGUGGUCAGCUCUUUAUCUAUAUUCAGUCCAUCAGCUCUUACUUGCAGCCCCCGGUGGCCGUUGUCUUCAUAGCAGGCUGCUUUUGGAAACGUACCAAUGAGAAGGGUGCAUUCUGGGGACUGACCAUAGGCUUGGCUGUUGGCGUCAUCCGAAUGGUGUUGGAUUUCAUCUACCCCUCCCCAUUAUGUAAUCAGGCAGACACACGUCCCGGAGUCGUGAAAUAUAUUCACUACUUGUACCUGUCAAUGAUUCUAGCAUUUCUGGUCCUCAUCGUUGUGGUGGCCGUCAGCCUUUGGACAGAGCCUCCAUCUACAGAAAUGGUUAGCCGCCUUACCUGGUUCACACGUUGGGAUAAAGGAGAUGGAGGCCCUGUGGCAACGACAAGUAAUAUUACUAAUGAGAAGCAAAACAGCACUUUUGCCACGACUGAUCCCUCGGAUGGAACGGGCAGCAGUUCAAUAGAUGAAGUGUCCUGUACUGUCCGACUGAAGAAGGCCAUACUCUGGUUAUGUGGGAUGGAAAAGAGAAGCGAAGGGGAAGAGGAACAAUGCCCUGUCCCACUACAGUCACCUGAUAUUCUGCUGUAUGAGCGCCCUGUAGUGUCACACAUCCUGAACAUCAACCUCAUCCUGUGCACAAGUGUAGGCAUUUUCCUAUGGGGUUACUUUGGCUAGGCUUAAAUCACGCUAUAUUUCCUUAUGGCACAUGUACUUGCUGGACGGGGGACCCCAUGACUCUUACAUCGCUUAAAUUACCUUAUUUUGGACAAAAGAUUAAAGUUGUCCUGCUGAGCAAUGUGUUCAGACAACCUUCCUCUGUUACAGAAAGUUGGGUCAAAUGUAAAGUAACUAAAUGAUGUUCUCUGUAAGGGCCAUACGCAGACAUGAAGAUCCCCUGGGAGUAUAAGGCUGGUGAUAUGGCAUGGCCCCUUGUGAUUUAUCUAACAUUGUGUACACGUUACUUUAUCUAACACGUGUACUGUACAUCUACAGUGUGUUAUCAGAUUGCUUUAACUAAAACACCCGGUUACUAUAAGUCCACAUCUGCUGUAUUCGUCACCAAUUUAUGAAAAUGGCAUUUCCCUUAUUUGGAGAUUCG